AUGGCCCAUUAUCUAGCAGCUACUUACGCUGUCCAAUCAAUAGCAGGUACUUACACUGGCACAUCACUAGUAGCUACUUACACUGGCCCAUUCUCUAGGAGAUACUUACACUGGCAAAUCAAUAGCAGAUACUUACACUGGCGAAUCAAUAGCAUCUGCUUAUACAGGCCCAUCACUAGCAGCUCCUUACACUGGCACAUCAGUAGCCGCUACUUACACUGGCACAUCAAUAGCAGGUACUUACACUGGCCCAUCAAUAGCAGCUACUUACACUGGCCCAUCAAUAGCAGCUACUUACACUGCCCAUCAAUAUCAGCUAAUUACACUGGCCAAUCAAUAGCAGCUUCUUUCACUGGCCCAUCAAUAGCAGCUACUAAAACUGGCCCAUCACUAGCAGCUGUUAACACUGGCCCACCACUAGAAGCAACUUACACUGGCCCAUCAAUAGCAGCUACUUACACUGGCCCAUUCUCUAGCAGCUAAUUACAGUGGCCCAUCAGAAGCAGCUACUGACACUGGCCUUUCACUAGCAGCUAUUUACACUGGCCCAUCACUAGUAGCUACUUACACUGGCCCAUUUUCUAACAGCUACUUAUGCUAACCAAUCAAUAGUAGGUACUUACACUGGCCCAUCCCUAGCAGCUAUUUACACUGGCCCAUCACUUGUAGCUACUUACAGUAGCCCAUUCUCCAGCAGCUACGACACUGGCCCAUCACUAGCAGCUAUUUGUACCUUCACUAGUAGCUACUUACACUGGCCCAUUCUCUUGCAGCUACUUAUGCUGGCCCAUCAAUAGCAGCUACAUACACUGGCCCAUCACUAGCACCUACUUACACUGGCUGAUUAAUAGCAGCAACAUACACUAGUCCAUUACUAGCUACUACUUACACUGGCCCGUCAGUAGCAGCUACUUACACUGGCCCUUCAAUAUCUGCUACUUACACUGGCCCAUCAUUAGCUUCUACUUAUAAUGGGCCAUCAAUAGUAGUUACUUACACUGGCCCAUCAAUAUUAGCUACUUACACUGGCCCAUCAAUAGCAGCUACUUACACUGGCCCAUCACUAGCAGCUACUUAUGCUGGCCCAUCAAUAUCAGCUACUUACACUGGCAAAUCAAUAGCAGCUACUUACACUGCCCCAUCAAAAUUUGCUACUUACACUGCCCAUCAAUAUCAGCUAAUUACACUGGCCUAUCUAUAGCAGCUUCUUACACUGUCCCAUCAAUAGCAGCUACUAACACUGGCCCAUCACUAGCAGCUACUUACACUGGCCAAUAACUAGCAGCAAUCUACACUGGCCCAUCACUAUCACAUACUUACACUGGCCAAUCACUAGUAGCUACUUACACUGGACCGUCACUAGGAACGAAGAACGGUGGCCAAUCAAUAGCAGCUACUUACACUGCCCAUCAAUAUCAGCUAAUUACACUAGCCAAUCAAUAGCAGCUUCUUACACUGGCCAUCACCAACAGCUACUUAUACUGGCCCAUCAAUAGCAGCUACUUACACUGGCCCAUCACAAGAAGCAACUUACUCUGGCCCAUCAAAAUCAGCUACUUACACUGCCCAUCAAUAUCAGCUAAUUACACUAGCCAAUCAAUAGCAGCUUCUUACACUGUCCCAUCUAUAGCAGCUACUAACACUGGCCCAUCACUAGUUGCUGUUAAUACUGGCCUAUCACUAGAAGCAACUUACACUGGCCCAUCACUAGUAGCUACUUACACUGGCUCAUUCUCUAGCAGCUACUUACAGUGGCCCAUCAAUAGCAGCUUCUUACACUGGCCAAUCAAUAGCAGCUACUUACACUGGCCUAUGAAGAGCAGCUACUGACACUGGCCUUUCACUAAAGCUAUUUAUACUGGCCCAUUACUAGUAGCUACUUACACUGGCACGUUCUCUAGCCGCUACGUACGCUGGCCCAUCAACAGCAGGUACUUACACUGGCCCUUCAAUAGCAGCUACUUAUACUGGCCCAUCAAUAUCAGCCACUCACACUGGUCCAUUACUAGCAACUACUUACACUUGCCCAUCAGUAGCAGCUACUUACUCUGGCCCAUCAAUAUCAUGUACUUACACUGGUCACUCACUAGCAUCUACUUACAUUGGCCCAUCAAUAGCAGCUACUUACACUGGCCCGUCAAUAGCAGCUACUUACACUGGCCAAUCAGUAGCAGCUAUUUACACUGGCCCAUCAAUAGCACUUACUUACACUGGCCCAUCAAUAGCAGCUACUUACACUGGCCCAAUACUAGCAAUUACUUCCACUGGCCCAUCAUUAGCAAUUACUUCCACUGGCCCAUCAAUAGUAGCUACAUACACUGGCCCAUCAAUAGCAGCUACUUACACUGGUCUAUCAAUAUCUGCUACUUACACUGGCCCAUCAUUAGCUGCUACUUAUAA